GCCCAGCGCCGAUCUCCAUUUAGUUGUCGUGUCGCGGGAAAUCCAAUCAGACGAAAAUGCGAGCUGCCACAUUGAUAUUCGGCCUGCUGCUGGUGGUCAGUUGCUCCUCGAUUCUGGCCAAGCCGCAGGAGAGCAGCACCACCACACCCAGCACCACCACGCCCAAGCCCGAAGAUUCUUCUACAAGCACCACAGCUACGAUUACAACUACUGAGAAGCCCAAUUCGGAGUCUUCGACUGCCAGUACUACCACAAGUAGUACCACCCCCAGCACCACCCUUAGCACCACCCCCAGCACCACAACCAGUAGUGCCACCCCCAGCACCACACCCAGUACCACCACCACCAAUACAACCACCACCACAACCACUCCAAGACCCGAUGAUGAGGCCGAAAAACUACUGCAACAAUGUGCCCAGCUGAGCCGCCGGAAGAAACGCGGUGGCUCGUCCUCUUCCGAAGAAGACGACAGGGGCGAGAAGAAGUCGGCGAAGAAAGAGCGCAAGCAGUUGAAGAAACUGUGCAAGCAGUUGAGGAAGCAGCAGGAGCGCAAGCAGGAGAAGGCCCAGAAAUCGGCCUUAACCGAAUUGGCCGAUGCCCUGCGUAGCUACAACCAGAAGCAGAUGAACUAAGGCACCCAUUUAAUUAUUUAAACAAAUUGAUUUAUCUCUUUGUUUUAUAGUAAAUUUUUUUUUCUCAUACCAAAAUUAAACGAAUAAAAAAGUCAUAGUAUUAAAAA